GUAUCCACACAGACAAACAGCCACAAGCGUGACUGGAAUAGAGCGUUGGACACACAGUGGGCGAAGCAUUUUAAUGGACAUAAUAAAGUGGACGCCUGCCGUGGAUAGGAAGCGGUGGGGAACACAGUCACUACAGAUGGAGUCACUGUGCGAGUCAAAUGCAGAAAGACUUCAAACUGGGCACCAGAGCAGACUCCCGGCGGGUGGAUCCGCGUCUUCUACUCCUCCAAGCAUCCAACUCUUUCUGAGCGCCAUCCGUUGUGGGGAAAUCUGUGAAAUUUCAAGGGUUAGAUGAACUGUAGAGCGGAGCGGAGUCCUGUUUGCGCAAGCGCACCCGUGCGUCACCACCCUCUACCUGAGUGGAGCACACCUGGAUCCAACGAGACGGAAGUUUAGAGCGCUCCGAAUCUUUUUCGUUUUUUUCUGUGUUCUGCCUCCACGCAAAGUUGCUUUGGAGUUCAAGCAGCAGACAGAUGACCUCCAGUUAAAGCAGGAUGCCAGUCGUUGGAUAUUUCGACUGCAAUUUGAGGCACCUCGUCGACCUGAAUCUGUAGUUCAGCGGCUCAUGCUGAAUUUCAGUCCAAAGCCAGCCUGCUCUCCAUUCAAGAAGGAUGACAGCUAUUCGCAGAGUGCUCCGAAGGCGAUUGCAUCCGCUUAAACUGGCCAUAGUGGCCCUAGUCUUUGUCACAUUUGUGUUCUUCAUACAAUGGGAAGCAGAGGGCCAAGGCCAGGAGGAGGACCCCUGGCUGAAGGAGAUGGUGGUGAAGCGGAAUGCCAUGCUGGGGAUGGUGAUGGGAGCUGUCAAUAACUUCAGGGAUGCAGUGCCAAAGAUGCAGAUCAUCGCCCCUGUACGGCAGCAGGACAAAGCAGACACCGUGUCCUGUCUGCCAGGACGCUACACCGCUGCUGAGCUCAGGCCAGCUCUGGAGCGGCCUCCCCAGGACCCUCUGGCUCCUGGAGCUGCUGGGAAACCUUUCUACAUGGACUCACUGAGCCCCAAAGAGCAGAAGGAGAAGAAGAGGGGAGAACAGAAGCACUGCUUUAACCUGUAUGCAAGCGACCGCAUCUCUCUGAGCAGAGAUCUGGGUGCAGACACAAGACCACCAGAAUGUAUUGAGCAAACCUUCAAGCGAUGCCCCCCCUUGCCGACCACCAGUGUGAUAAUUGUGUUCCACAAUGAGGCUUGGAGCACUCUGCUGAGGACAGUAUACAGUGUUCUCCACACCUCCCCUGCCAUUCUCCUCAAGCAGAUCAUCCUGGUGGACGAUUCCAGCACGGACGAUGUGUUGAAGGAUGCACUGGAUGCGUAUUUGAAGCAGCUGAGCAUUGUGCAAAUCGUCCGGCAGCGAGAGAGAAAAGGCCUCAUUACUGCUCGGCUGCUGGGUGCCUCCGUGGCCACCGGUGACACACUCACCUUUCUGGAUGCUCACUGUGAAUGCUUUAAUGGAUGGCUGGAGCCUCUGCUGGCAAGGAUAGCUGAGAACUACACUGCAGUAGUGAGCCCUGAUAUAACCACAAUUGAUCUCAAUACCUUUGAGUUUAUGAAACCAUCUCCAUAUGGCCAGAGUCACAAUCGGGGCAACUUUGACUGGAGUCUGUCUUUUGGCUGGGAGAGCCUACCACGUCAUGAAAAGAAAAGAAGAAAAGAUGAAACCUAUCCUAUCAAAACUCCCACAUUUGCUGGUGGGCUGUUCUCAAUCUCAAAAGAAUAUUUCUACCAUAUUGGAAGCUACGAUGAAGAAAUGGAGAUCUGGGGUGGUGAGAAUAUUGAAAUGUCAUUUAGGGUGUGGCAGUGUGGCGGACAGCUGGAGAUCAUCCCUUGCUCCGUCGUUGGUCAUGUUUUCCGCAACAAAAGCCCUCACACCUUUCCCAAGGGUACGCAAGUGAUCGCUCGCAACGAGGUGCGGCUGGCCGAGGUCUGGAUGGACGAAUACAAGGAGAUCUUCUACCGGCGCAACCAGGAAGCUGCGCAGAUUGCAAAAGAUCGGACUUAUGGAGACAUCUCCAAACGCUUGGAGCUCCGCUCACGGCUGCAGUGCAAGAGCUUCUCUUGGUUUCUGAAGAACGUGUAUCCAGAAGUGUUCAUGCCUGAUCUAAACCCGCUCCGCUUUGGCGCAGUGAAAAAUGUGGGCAAGGACUCAUGUCUCGAUGCAGGAGAGAACAAUGAGGGUGGGAAACAGCUGAUCAUGUACCCGUGUCAUGGUCAAGGAGGAAACCAGUAUUUUGAGUACUCCACGCAUUAUGAGAUCAGACACAACAUUGAGAAGGAGCUGUGUUUGCACGGGGCAGAGGGGACUGUGAAACUGGAGGAAUGCCAGUAUAAGGGCAGAAAAACAGCAGUUGGAGCAGAGCAAAAAUGGGAGCUGAAGGAUAACCAGUUAUUCUACAUCCCAGGACUGAAUAUGUGCCUGAGUGCCCGUCACAAGGAUCCUUCUCUGGCUCGCUGCAACCCCUCAGACAGAUACCAGCAGUGGUUCUUCGUCUGAGUGUGCAAAAUACCACUUUACAAAUAGCUACUCUGUAUGCAAGGCCGUACUAGGACAGGUGUACACUAUACUGUAUGCAGUUAACAUGCAGGGUGUUUUUUUUAGAUUCAUGAUCGUAUUGAGUCUUAAUUUAUUUUUAUACAUAGAAGAACUGAACUCCUGCUGCUGCUGGAAAGUACGAACUUUGAAAGAAAACCACAGUGUGCCAUUGCUGGAAGGAAGCAUGAGAUUCUUGGAACAAUGAAGAUACACUGUUGACAGGUGCCACCUUUGAGAUGUUUUCACUACUCCGAGUCUUCACAACCAAAACAUGUAGUAUUGGGUAUUUAAAACGGAGACUGAUGUUUUUCAGUGAGAUAUAUUUGUAUACGAAUGUGAAACAAAAGAGGACAGUUCAUCAUGUACAGUAUAAACAAGGAUUCAAGCUGGAAACACAAAAAUCCCAAAUGUUGCGCACCAAAGAGACAGACGGUGAAAACCUUAAACACUCUAGAACGAUUUGCAUUGUCCAUUUAACGUGUUUCCGAGACUGCGAAAACCUCUUGCUUGGUACCGUCCAGUGCCUUUGGAUGUAAUUUAAUUUCUCUCUUGGUGGGAAAGUGGUUGGGUGAUGGUGUGCUGAGGUUGUUGGAAAUUUCUGUUGAUACAGAACUUUGGCUUCUCCAAUGCUGUGAUCAAAAAGGACUCCAGACUUUGCAAUAUGAAAAGACAUCAAGAAAGGAAUACCAGUCUGUAUUUUCACUUGAGGAAAAGAAAGCUGGGUGUUAAACCUGGAUUAUGUACAAUUAGUGCAACACAGUCAACCCUUUAUUAAAAACAUGCAGUAAAGCAUCCUAAGAUUAAUCAUUCUUAAAAUGUCUUUUGCUGCAGUGUUUUUUCCUGUAUUAUUUAAAAGGCUAUGCUUUGGCAUCCUUAAAAGGGAACUUUUGGAUUUGAAAUGAUUACACCCAUUGAACUCCAUUUGCUGAUCAAAUGCCUGAGACUCUCCCUCUACAUCGAAGCAUGAGUCCACAAAUGAAUUUCUGGUGCAGGCACUAGUGUUUACAUGGCUGUGGAAUAUUGUAAAUUACUUUGUGUUUGUGACUGGGGUGAAGAACGGGUCGAAUGUGUUUGUUUUCCUCGAAUGGAAACUCCUGUGUUGUCGGAACGCCUUGGUGUAAAGAUGUUAUUUGCAGCUCAAUAAAAUCAGUUGGGUAGUA